ACCCCCACCCCACCCCACCUCCAUUCACAUAAACACGAAGGAAAAAACAAGAAAGGGAAAGCCUUGUGAAAAAGCCAGCUCUGGUUGGUUUCUACCUGCUGUAGCUCAUCUAUCCAUUCUUUUCAAAAAGUUCGAAAAAGAAAAAAAAUAAAAAAAAUUUAAAGAAAAAAAGAAAAAAGAAGACCCAGUUCGUUCGUUGUGGUUGUUCAUCCAUCUCUACUUGUACAGAUCUUUUUCCGAUUCCUCCUGCCCGAGUUCGAUCCGGGUCGACCCGGCGUUAAUUCCCAGUUUAGAUGGUAACCCAACUCUGAGAAAAAAAGGGGUGAAAAAUGUCGGCUUCUCUUGCCGCAUUUGAACGCCCACGUAUUGGCAACUCAAAUACGAUAUUCAAGAGCGGGCAUCUGCUCAUAUCUUCGAAAGGAUUAGGGUGGAAAUCUUGGAAGAAGCGAUGGUUUAUUCUUACACGAACCUCUUUGGUUUUCUUCAAGAACGACCCUAGUGCACUCCCGCAACGAGGAGGUGAAGUGAAUUUGACUUUGGGCGGCAUCGAUUUAAAUAAUUCAGGAAGCGUUGUUGUCAGAGAAGACAAGAAACUGCUAACUGUUCUGUUUCCCGACGGGCGUGAUGGACGAGCAUUUACUCUCAAGGCAGAAACAUCGGAGGAUUUGUACGAGUGGAAGACAGCCCUCGAACACGCUCUUGCUCAAGCGCCAAAUGCCGCUCUUGUGAUGGGGCAUAACGGAAUAUUUAGAAGCGAGGCUAAUGAUACUAUCGACGGGUCUUUCAAUCAAUGGAGAGACAAACGCCCGGUGAAAUCUUUAGUUGUUGGACGCCCGAUUCUGCUUGCAUUAGAAGAUAUAGACGGAGGCCCGUCUUUCUUAGAGAAAGCACUUCGGUUUCUUGAGAAGUAUGGAAUUAAAGUAGAAGGUAUUCUGCGUCAGUCUGCUGAUGUCGAGGAAGUGGAACGAAGAGUUCGAGAAUAUGAACAAGGCAAGACUGAAUUCAAUCCUGACGAGGAUGCUCAUGUUAUCGGCGACUGUGUUAAGCAUGUUCUUCGGGAGCUGCCUUCGUCGCCCGUCCCUGCAUCCUGUUGCACUGCAUUGUUGGAAGCAUACAAAAUCGACCGCAAAGAAGCCCAGGUGAAUGCAAUGCGCUCUGCGGUACACGAAGCAUUUCCCGAACCAAAUAGACGCCUUUUACAGAGAAUUCUGAAGAUGAUGCAUACGGUUGCUUCUCAUUCGGCGGAAAAUCGGAUGACAUCAUCAGCAGUUGCCGCUUGUAUGGCUCCGUUAUUGCUACGCCCUCUUUUAGCCGGCGAAUGUGAAUUGGAAGACGAAUACGAUGUUAAUGGAGAUAACUCGGCUCAGCUUCUUGCCGCUGCCAAUGCCGCUAAUAAUGCCCAAGCCAUUAUCUCGACUCUCCUCGAGGAGUACGAGAGUAUUUUUGACGACGAUACUCUGCACAGAUGCUCCAUGUCUGUAGAUUCUCAAACCGACAACAGUGGGAGUGAAGACACGAGCGAUGAUGAAAAUCCAGACAUGAAAGUCAAUGGUUAUCAUGAUGCUCAAAACGAAGUGGACCUCGAAACAGAUUUCGAUUGUGACCGCAGGCACAGUGGGAAGUUGAGUGAAACCAGUGGCUCUGCCGCUAGCGAUCUUUAUGACUACAAGGCAAUCGGAAAUGACGAUUCAGACAAUGGAUCUCCCAAGAACAACCGUUCCGUGGGAAAAAAAUUAAAUCCAACAUCGGACAAUAGAGUCCGUACCGAUUCUUCUAAUGUAGCGGUUAACGAACAACUGGAGCAACUGAAGGCACGCGAAAACAUGGCAGUUGCUUCUGUGGAAAUACACGGCAACGACUCACAGCGUUCCAUGGGACAAAUCUUAUCAUCUAUGAAUCAAGAGCUGCAUCAAUCGAUUCCCGAAACCGAACUAUCGGCUGACAAGUCAACGCCCAAACUUACCAAUUCCGUUUCUAGCAGUUCCAAGAAGUCAACAUUUUGGGGAAAGAAAAACACGAGAAAAACUCCGUCGACAGAAUCAAUUGAUUCUUCUGGAGAGGAAGAGCUUGCCAUCCAGAGAUUGGAAAUCGCAAAGAAUGAUUUGCGCCACAGGAUUGCAAAAGAGGCGAGAGGAAACGCAAUUUUGCAAGCCAGCUUAGAAAGAAGGAAGCAAGCUUUGCACGAGCGUCGAUUGGCCCUUGAACAAGAUGUAGCAAGAUUGCAAGAACAACUGCAAGCUGAGCGAGAUUUACGAGCCGCCCUGGAAGUUGGGUUGAGCAUGUCGUCUGCGCAAUUUUCCGGCUCUCGUGGCAUGGAUUCCAAGACGAGGGCUGAGCUGGAAGAGAUAGCUCUAGCUGAGGCUGACGUGGCAAGAUUGAAGCAGAAAGUUGCCGAACUUCACCAUCAGCUAAAUCAGCAACGUCAGCAUCACUACGGAUCGCUCUCCGAUACAACAAUUCAGACUAGUUCACAGCUGAAAUAUUUCCAGCAAGAUUUUGAUACGACGCUUGCUGUUUGUAACCAUGAACGGAAACAAAGGACAGAGGAGUUGUUGGGGGUGGAUAUGAGAAACGGUAAAGGGCAGACGAGUAGUAGGUUGACUUCUAGGAAGCAGUUGACCGAAUCGGCGAGCUUGAGCGACUCUAAUAAAAGUACCGAGGCAUCAACAAGUUUAUCCAUCGACGAUCUUCCUGCUGUCGAUUCUGCUUCUAUGCCUUCUACUUCUAGGCCCCAUGAGGGGAUGGAUUAUCCUCGUCAUCAAUCAGUGGCAUCUUCGACUUUGGUGGAAUUGACAACACGUCUCGAUUUUUUCAAAGAAAGAAGGUCUCAAUUGAUGGAACAACUACACAGCCUGGAUUUGAACUAUGGAUCAACAACUCAAGAUUUUGUGUAUAAACCAUCCUCUCCUCCAUGGAACUAACUUCUCUUGUAUAUGUAUAUUAAUAUAUACUCUGCUACUGCUGCUGGGUAAUAAGUAGUAUAUAUAUAUAGGUGUAUUUCGUUCAUAUUUGCUAUCGACUCUGCGGUUCUGCCACUUGAACUUCUUGUUUUUGUUUUUGUUUCGAUUUUUUGUGUAGUAUGUGGAGGAUGUAAUUAGUAUAUAUGUUUUUUUUAUCGAACGCCGCAAUUUAAGGUAUGAUAAACCAUCGUAGAAUGUGUUUGCAAACAACUUUGUCGAAUGGUGUUUCGUUUUUC